AUGUCUACUCCCCGAAGAACCGGCGUUUCACUUCUGGAUGAGUCGCCUCCGUGGAGGGUGACCCAUGCGCAUCGGACACUGCCUCCUGACCAGACCUGGAGACGGACAAAUCGCUUGCGGGAGGAUGCAAUCGUCAUUCUCGAAGAGAGCACUCAAAGCCAACUACUUACUGAAAUCAUAGCAGAAGCCGAAGCAGCAAGAAGACGCCAGCGUGAGGCUGGAGAGUACGACGACACCGAGGAAGAAGACGAAGAUGAGGAGGAGGAGGAGGAGGAGGAGGAGGAGGAGGAGGAGGAGGAGGACGGAGAGGAAGAAGGCGAUGAAGAUGAAGAAGAGGAAGCUGAUGUUCCAGAGGAGGACGAGGGUGAAGGUGUAGAGGACGAGGGUGAAGGUGCAGAGGACGAGGAGGAGGCCCAUGAUGAAGAGGAACCUCCUUUUGAUGCCUCAGCCGUCGGCCUCAAGGAAAUCAGCAACCUCGCCAGCUUCACCGUGAGCAGCUACAAGCCAGGGUGCGGCGUGAAGGAGCUCCGCGAUGACGAUGUGAACCAGUUUUGGCAGUCCGACGGUCCUCAACCGCACCGCCUAAACAUUCAUUUCAUCAAGCGUGUGGAGAUACGUGCGCUGCGGCUCUUCCUGGAUUACGAACUAGAUGAGAGCUACACGCCUACCAAGAUCCAGAUCACGGCCGGCACAGGCCCCAACCUCACCAUACCCUUCACCACGAUGGAGCUCAGUGCGCCCAAGGGCUGGAUCGAUAUCCCGAUUGCCGGUGCGGGCGGUGGUCCAGACGGCAACUCGCUCUGCUGCUGGUUCGUCCGUGUCAUGAUCCUCGAGAACCACCAGAACGGCAAGGACACGCAUUUGCGCGGGAUCAAGGUCUAUGCGCUGGACGACACGGCUGAUACGGCGGAGAAUAACCCGGUGGACGACAUGGUCGAGGCCAUUGAAGACUACCGCGACAGGAUGACCCGGAUAAAUCUCCAUGAUCACGACGAGCAGGCGGCCAUGCGACUCGAGGCCAAGGCUCGUCGUCGUAAGGCUGCCACCAAGAAGCAUGCUCCCGGAGAUGGAGGACUGAGCAUACCCGACUUCAUGCGAGAAGCGGAGAUCCGUUGA